CACUCUCUGCUUCCUCAGAGCUUCACACAUCACUCACAUUUCUCAUCAUCUCUGUCUCAUUCUCAUUUUAACAUCACAUACAUGAUCCACACUUCUCGGUUCAAUUCAUUUGUUGGCUUCUAAAUUUAUGCACAAAUCCCCUUUGUAGUUUCUGAAUUUUCAAGCAAUUGAGUGUUCAAUAUACCCUUUUGGCUUCUAAAUUUGUUGCUAAUUGUCUAGCUUAAUAACACACACACAUAUAUAUAGAUAUAUGCUUCAACUCUAAAGUUUGUCAUCAUUCUUGUACAAGAUGGAGAGUGGUUGGAGUUGUGAACAUAUGACACUGAUCAAUGAGCUGACUGAAGGAAUGGAGCUGGCCAAGCAGCUAAAGUUUCAUCUGAAUUCGACUUCUUCUGUCGAAACUCGAGAAUUGUUGCUGCAGAGGAUGGUAUCUUCAUUUGAGAAGGCUCUGUUGAUUCUCAAGUGGAGUGGGUCAGUGGGAGAACCUCAGACAGCAGCAGCACCGACUACCACCGGAUUGCCGGAGUCUUCCAUUUCUGUAGACGGAAGUCCGGGAAGCGAGGACUUCGAUAGGGGUUUCAAGGAUCAGCAGGAACUCAAAGACGUUUCGAAGAAGAGAAAGGGAAUGCCUACCUGGAGUGAGCAAGUGAGAAUUUGCUCUGAGAAUGGACUGGAAGGUCCCAAUGAUGAUGGAUACAGUUGGAGAAAGUAUGGGCAAAAAGACAUUCUAGGUGCCAAUUAUCCCAGGAGCUAUUACAGAUGCACAUACCGAAGUGUUCAAAACUGUUGGGCUACAAAGCAAGUGCAACGUUCCGACGAUGAUCCCACCAUUUUCGAGAUCACAUACCGAGGGAGGCAUACCUGCAACCAGAACCGCCACACAGCUCCCCAACCACCAUCACCCGAAAAACAGGAACCUAGGCAAAUCAAACAUUACAUUAGUCAUCAUCAGCAGCAACACCAAAACCAACCUAAUGAGAUGCUCUUGAACUUACAAACAAACUUGAGAGUCAAUACAAAGGACUUGGAAAACAACAAGGAGAAGGCUUCCACCUUCAGCUUUCCUUCAACAUUCGGAUUCAUGAACAGCGAAAACCAAAACUUCCCAUUUCCAACACUUGUUCACCAUGGUGACAAUGUAGUCCUAGAGAAUUACUCUUCGUCGUUUGUGUCUCCGGCCACAUCCGGAUCAAACUUCUUCUCGGUGUCUCCGUGCCAGAUGAACAGCAACCGAUGGGUGCAUAAUCUGCAGCAGCAUAGAUCAGAGUCUGAUCUGACUGAGAUAAUCUCAGCCACCACUUCAGCUACCAAUUCUCCGAUUGUGGACUUGGAUUUCUCCAUUGAUCCACAGCUCGACCUUGAUCCGAAUUUCCCAUUUGACACCCCUGGAUUUUUCAACUAAUUCUUCACCAUAGAAUGAGAGAGGAAAGCAUGUUUGUAUAAAUUCGUGUAAGAUUUUGUAGAAUCAAGUUUCUAGAUGCUAGCCUAGAAAUAGGGUUAAAUAAACAAGUUCUGCAGCUCUCUUUAAAUUGCAGAUGUUAUAUCCUUAGGUCAUGCUAAUGAAAAACAUGUAAGUUGAAGAAAAUUUUCUGCUACAUACAUAUACGACUUCCAUCAAUUUGGGGUAAUGGCUAAAUUCACCAAGGCAAAGCUGAAGAAGGGAUUACAACUUUCUUAAAAUUCAAUGGAGAUGAAACUUGGUGAGAUGGAAGAGUCUGCUUCUGAUCUUCAUCUCAUUUUUCCUAUAAGUAAUGAUAAUGCUACUACUGUCCGUCUGGUAUAGCUCUCAACAUUUUUUUUUCCA